UAUUGUCUACGGAAUUUUGAUUUCAUUAUCUGUGGAUUUUUAUUUCAUUUUCGAAGAUGUCUAUAAUUUUUGCUUUAUGAAAACUGAAAAUGAUCGGUAAGGUCCGGUAUGAUGUUUUGCUUGAUAAAUAAGGAACACUGAAAAUGAUCGGUAUGGUCCGAUUUGAUGUUGAUCAUUUAAAGUGAAGGAGCUUAUAUAGGAUCUACUGAGAUUUUAUAGGAUAAACACGGUGAAAUGAUGGCAUUAAGCUCGGAAAUAACGAGUAGCAAAGAUAAAAGUGAAAUCUGGUUUGAUGGUGUAAAUUAUUACAAAAUAAUGUUGGAAGAAGAAUCGAAUUAUAUGUUUGUUUGAAAGUCAGUGACAAGCCGGAGAAAAUGCCUUGCUGUGCGCUUCACUAAUUUUUAUUCUUGUGCGCUAUUAUUGGGCCGUUAUUUGUUUUUUCUGUCAGAUCAGUAAAUCUGGUUUGAUGUCGAUAAAUUUAACGAAAGAAGCCUGAAAAUGUGUAGUUUAAGCUUUUUUCUGGUAAAGCACAGUAUAACUAUAACUUAUUCACGGAUUUCUCAGCUGCUAUUCAUUGUGGGUGAAGCUUUGUUUCUCAUGCGUUAUUUCGCCAGCAGUGGAAAGCCUGGUUUAUUAUUUUUUUCUUUUGGCCUGAUUAGGCGGCGGAUGUCUGAUUUUCAUAAUGAGCAAAGCAAAACCCUUGAAUUGAGCUCCGUUGCAAGGUGCAUUGAGCAUUGUAUAAAACUGGGGUAAAUACUUGUUCGUUUUCAAAAUUUUAUCAUGGAGAACCAGGCUUUAAAGGAAGGCCAUUUAUCUGAAAAUAUUCCCGUCCCAGAGGAUAAAGUGAUUCUGGACAAACCAGAUGAGGAUAAGGUGAUUCUGGACAAACCAGAUGAGGAUCAUGAUCGUGUUAUUACUGUUGAAGAAAAGACUGUAAAUGUUCAGGAUGGAAAAAUCGAAGUAAAAGAUGUUAUAGCAGACAAGGAUGGAGCUGUUAAUGAGCAAACUCUAGACGUCCCUGUGGAAGAGAAGUAUUAUGAGCCCGUUUUUGAUGGCACUGAAAACCCCCCUUCAGAGUCUGAUCUGGCCGCUCAAGGCACCACGGCUUGGCCUGAGAAAGCUACUGCUCUGAAGAAUUACGUCGUAGAGCGUGGUGUUGUGGUUGGGAACGUUAUUAGGCGUUUAUCUGGUAAGAGAGAGGAAAUUGAUCAGAACAAUGUAAAUGUAGAAGGUAAAGUUAGCACUAGCAAUGAAGAAGAUAAGAAGGCGAAUUUGUUCAAGGGCUGGAAUGCUUGGAAUCCUUUGACUUUGGUCAAGAACAGUUUUGAAGGAAAUGCAGAGGCAAAGAGCAUCCAAGGUCAAGACAUGGGCUUACAAGAUUUAAGGGCUCCAGAGCCUACAUUUAAGGGUAGGAUCAUUUUGUUUACAUGUUCUGAAAGCUCUGAUUGCCGAGUAGCCAGAUCUUUUCUGAGACAGAAAGGCCUCAGGUUUAUAGAAAUCAACACGGAUAUCUACCCGGGCAGGAAGGUUGAGUUGGAGAAAAAAACAGGCUCUUCUUCUGUUCCACAAAUUUUCUUCAAUGAAGUGUUCAUAGGAGGAGCAAGGGAAAUUACGGCGAUGGAUAAGUUUGGGGAGCUUGAUGAGAAGAUCAAGGGUUUGAUUGAAACAGAGGCUCCUUCAGAGGCUCCAUUGCCACCAUCUGCCGAGGAAGAGGAUUUUGGGAACAAUGGAAUGGUCGAUGAGUUUGAGAAUGUUGUGAAAAAACUGAGAGAGCAUGUGGUCAUCAAGGACAGGUUUUAUAAAAUGCGAAUGUUCAGCAGGUGCUUUGUUGGAUCGGAAGCAGUGGAUUUCUUGGCAGAGGACCAAUUGCUGGAGAGGGAAGAGGCAGUUGAUUUUGGGAGAAAGCUUGCUGCCAAGCACUUCUUCCGUCAUGUUUUAGAUGAGAACACAUUUGAUGAUGGGAAUCAUCUCUACCGCUUUUUUGAACAUGAUCCAGUAAUUUCCAAGUGCUACAAUUUUAGUGGACGUACAAAUGACAUGAAGCCAAAGCCGGCAACAGAAGUUGCAGCUAAGCUGCGGAGCUUGACUCUGGCAAUUUAUGCAGCUCAUAUUUCUGAUAAUGGAAAGCAUGUAGAUUAUAGAAGCAUUGGUUCAAGCGCAGAAUUUUUGAGGUACUUGAAAGUGAUUGAAGAUCUCCAACGAAUCGAUUUACAUGAUUUAUCAAGAGAAGAAAAGCUUGCAUUCUUCAUCAAUUUAUAUAAUAUGAUGGCAAUUCAUGCAAUCGUGAUGUGGGGUCAACCUAAUGGACCCCUUGAGCGAAGAAAAUUUUUUGGUGACUUCAAAUAUGUAAUUGGUGGGUAUCCCUAUUCGCUCUCAGCCAUUCAAAAUGGAGUUCUUCGUGGUAAUCAAAGACCUCCUUACAAUUUGACCAAGCCUUUUGGGGUAAAGGACAAGCGUGUCAAGGUUGCCUUGUUAAUUCCUGAACCAUUGGUUCAUUUUGCUUUAGUAUCUGGUGCAAAGUCAAGUCCUCCCUUCAUAUGUUAUUCGCCUGCAAGUAUUGAUGAAGAAUUAAGGCUAGCUGCAAGAAUUUUUUUCAAUGAUGGUGGAUUCUUGAUUGAUAUGGACACCAAUACUGCUUCCCUGAGCAAGACUAUGAAAUGGUAUAGUGGGGACUUUGGCAAGGAUGAAAGAGAGGUUCUAAAGUUUGUUGCAAACUACUUAGAGCCUGCCACGGCAGAGCAAUUGUUGGGAUUAUUGGGUAGUAAUCAACUAAAGGUCACAUAUCAACCUUAUGAUUGGUCUCUAAAUGUUUAAGCCCGGCAUUAUCUGUUAUAAGUUUUGCCUUAUUCGAUUUUACAGGAAAGUACGCAUCAUUCGUUCUUUUCGAUUUGAUUCUUAGUAAUUCGUUGCGUGUGAGAGUAUCUUUCUCACUUCUGUUUAGUAGAAGCUAAAUUAGAAUGAAAUUCUUCCCAAAGUCUUUUGAAUAGCUUUUCCUCAACACUCACAAGAAAAUUGGCCACAAGAUUUGUUCAUAACACAUUUAGACACAGGUUGCAUGUUUAAGAGUACAAGGGAAUUUGUGCUUUAGGCCGUGUCAAACAUAUGAUUUAUAGAUGUUUGUUAACAUUGCUAUUCUCCUGCCAAGCAAAUGAUUUAUAGAUGUGGUACACUUGUCCAAAA